UUCGGACUUUCCCAUCUUUUACAUGUCGACCCAACCAAGCACAUAACUGAUAACACCGCUGUUCACUGCAAACUUGAAAAAGAGUGUGCUACUGCCUACUGCUACCUACAUGAGCAAACUCAUGCUCAAAAUUGUUGUCAAAACUCAAAACAAAACAACACAAUGAAACUAGCAGGUCUAAAAUCCUUAGAAUCAGCGCACGAAGACUCAAUAUGGGCAGCAACAUGGGUUCCGCCGACCGACACUCGCAGUUUCUCUCUCCUACUAACAGGCGCUCUCGACGAGACAGUACGUCUAUGGAAGGCCGACGAUGAUAUCGUCUUGGAGCGCACAAAUACAGGCCAUAGCCUCGGUGUUGUCUCCGUUGCAGCGCAUCCUUCGGGUGUAAUCGCUGCUUCGGCUUCUCUUGAUAGUUUUGUUAGGGUUUUUGAUGUUGAUACUAAUAAUACUAUUGCUACUCUUGAAGCUCCUCCUUCUGAAUCUUGGCAAAUGCAGUUUCAUCCUAAGGGAACUAUGUUAGCAGUAGCUGGAGGAAGUAGCACUUCAAUUAAGGUAUGGGACACCGCAACAUGGCAACUUGUUGCGUCACUACAAAUCCCCCGUCCUGAAAGUAGCAAACCCAACGAUAAGGUUGCUACCAAGAAGUUUGUCCUCUCAGUUGCUUGGUCUCCUGAUGGUAGACGACUUGCUUGUGGCUCUAUGGAUGGGACAAUCUCUGUGUUUGAUGUGGCGCGUGCCAAGUUCCUCCAUCACCUUGAGGGCCACCUCAUGCCUGUUCGAUCUAUUGCUUACUCUCCUAAUGACCCUAGAGUUCUGUUCUCAGGAUCUGAUGAUGCCCAUAUUCAUAUGUAUGAUUCUGAAGGAAAGAGCUUGAUUGGGUCGAUGUCGGGACACUCGAGCUGGGUUUUGAGCAUUGAUCCUAGCCCUGAUGGCGCAGCUAUUGCAAGUGGAUCAAGUGAUAAGACGGUGAAGCUCUGGGAUCUGAGCAUGCGGGCAGCUGUUCAGAGCAUGACUACCCACUCUGACAUGGUCUGGGGGGUAGCGUUUCGACCACCUGGUGGGGCCGGGGUGCGGUCUGGUAGACUGGCAAGUGUCUCGGAUGACAAAAGUAUUUCGUUGUAUGAUUAUUCUUAAUAUUGGUUUCUUCUCAUAGAAUGCUGAAAAUUCAGGUUUUCUGUUUAAGAUUACAUGAGUCACCUGACAGACUUCUGGCAGUGCUCAUCUGAUAUAUUCACAGGCAUGUUUAUUAGAAGCUGGAUUUAACUCUUUUUCUGGUUUUGUUCUGUUUUAUGCUUCACUCUCUAAAAGAUAUUGGAUCUUAUCUUAACUUAU